CUCUGUUUUCUGAUUUGUUUUGGUCGUAAAAUAUUUAUGCCACAAAUCAUUUAUCAAUCAACACUCAAAAACAUUUGCUGGGCUGUCCAUGUUUGCUGGUAAAGACUGUUGAAAAAAAUUGGAUUAAUCAUGGUUUACUUUUUCUCUGUAUCACGUAAAGAAAACGUGGAAGAUUAUUUUGAUAUUGGACAGGAGGUUGGAAGGGGUGCAACAUCUGUAGUAAAAAUUGUAACACAAAAAGGAACAAAGGACAGGUUUGCAAUGAAGCAAAUGAAGAAAAACGUUGAUAAAAAAAUUAUACGUACGGAAAUAGGAAUACUUCUUAGGUUACGACAUCCCAAUAUUAUUAGGCUAAAGGAGAUUUUUGAGUCAGAAACACAUUUAUUUCUUGUGCUAGAGCUUGUCACAGGUGGUGAACUAUUUGACAGAAUUGUGGAGAAAGGUUUUUAUAGUGAACAAGAUGCAGCACUCUGUGUGAAGCAACUCUGUGAAGCUGUAGGGUAUCUCCAUGACAAUGAUAUCGUACAUCGUGAUUUGAAGCCAGAAAACUUGUUAUAUGCUAAUGAAAGCAAAGAUUCUCCACUAAAACUAGCAGAUUUCGGAUUGUCGAAAAUGUUAACAACGAGUUCUACAAUGCAGACAGUGUGCGGUACACCUGGAUAUUGUGCACCGGAAGUUCUUCUGGGUAAAGAGUAUGGACCAGCUGUUGAUAUGUGGGCAGUGGGUGUUAUUGCUUAUAUAAUGUUGUGUGGUUUUGAACCAUUCUAUGACGAUCGUGGUGAUCAAGCCAUGUUCCAGAAAAUUUUAAAAUGUGAUUUUGAAUUUGUGUCGCCUUGGUGGGACGAGGUGUCCUUAAAUGCAAAGGACUUAGUCAGCAAGCUAAUUGUUGCAGAUCCUAAAAAGAGAUUGACAGCCAAGCAAGCCCUAGAACACCCUUGGGUUCAGGGAAAAGGUGCUAACAUCAAGCAUAUGGAGAAGACGCAGACGAAAUUAAAGGAAUUUAAUGCGAAGCGAAAGAUUAAAGCUGGCGCGCAUGUGGUUAUCGCAGCUACUGACUUGUUGAGGAAGAUCAAGUUAAAUAAAUAAAGUAAACAUUCAAAAAUGACAUGUAAAUUAUUGCAAAACAUAUGAAGUUGUAUUUAAAGAGGAUCAUGGGUUUUUAUUCAUGUUAAAGACUCUUUUCACAUUCUUUUUUACGUCGAUUUAUUUGAGCAGAAGUUAAAAAAGGCUGAAUUUUGAAGACGUUUGUGUACUUUACAUCUCUAUAAUAAUAGCCGUCGUCUGUCUGUUUGCCUGUCUAUUACGGAAAUACAAAAUGCGAUGUAUAAAAGACUGGCGUCCCCGUGGAUUUAUCGACGGGUUGACGACUAGUAGCAUAAAAAAGUUAUCUUUGGGGGUAGUCAUUGUAUAUAAUACACCAUUUUACAAAGUUACACAUGAAAAUAUGAUUUAAUUGUAAUAAUAUAUAGAAGUUAUUGUGGUUAUUUUUGCUGGAUUAUGUAAACAUCUUUUCUUUAACUUUUUAGAAAAGUUUUCUUCUACUUUAACUUUUUAUUCAUUUAUUCAUUUUAUUUAAAUUUUAUAUUUCUACCACACAACUUCGUUCCCAGGGCAUCUUGUAUCUUUUAAAAAGAUACAAUAUACCAUGGGAUCGAGGUUGUCUACCACAGAAGCAUUUAGUGAUUUUGCACUCACAAAACACGUUGUAUUCUAUUUUAUAUAUAAAUACAGGCGAAGUUGUGAA